AUGAACCGAGAUAUUCCGGGUUUCUAUUACGAUGCCGAGAAGAAAAAGUAUUUCCAGAUCCAGGCCAAUCAUGUCGCUACACCAGGGGCACAAUACUCCAAGGACUCUGUCAAGAGGAAGCGCAAUGACCAAGUGAAACACCACAAACGCGUUCAGCUGAACCAGCGAAUAGCGAAGGAGAAAGUCCGCAAAUCUCGCUUUCUAAACCACCCACUAAUCAGUAAUGAGAGAGAAAUCGGCUCUCGUCUCCUUCCGCCUGUUCUUCAACAGGAGAGGCAAGCUCGCAUCUAUGUCAGUCAAUUUAACCGGAAAACGUUGCACCGAUUUGAGCCUUGGCCAGAUUAUUCAAUCAAACAAGUCCUGCGAAAUCCGCGAUCUGGGAUCUUGAUCGCAAGUGAUCCUCGGUAUCGUGAGUCUCAUUCUUCUCCUCAUAAUUCGAUGCCUUUUCUAACUACAAAAAGGGUUUGCUUUCCAGACUUUGAGGAAAGAAAAUGGACAUAUAAUCGCACGAUGGAGCGAGUCCUCUUAAAGGAGGCAUACCGGCUAUCCUCGAUCUCAUUAAGCCACACAGGCUAUCUCUUGGCCACGAUGGAUAGCGGCCCGGAAGGUGACUCCUUUCUGUCGCCGCGAAUGCUCCCUGGGCCAGAUGACCAAGGAGAUUAUCAAUGGCCCUCUUUCUUUUCUCAUCCCAUCCGCAUCAGAACAACUCCUUCACUCUGGUGCUCUGCCGCUUGCCCAAUCGGAGAUAAAGCCCUCUUCGCCGUCGGGACCUCAAACGGCCUACAUACACUCGAAGGCUUUGGCAGUCAUUGGACGGUGUCGCAAAAGCCGUUUCCAAGUGAUGGUCAUUCCCGAAAGCAUGGAAACCAACAAGGGUUCCGCGAGCACGGCAACUCAUCCCAUGCCAGCGUCAGCGCGGUAGAGUGGCUCAAUCCAGAUGUUAUCGCAUCUGGAAUGCGCAAUUCCAGCAUUUUUCUACAUGACCUCCGUAGUGGAGGCAGCGCAGCACGAUUGCAGUAUCCGCACUCGGUUACAAAAAUCCGCAAGGUCGAUCCAUAUCGAAUCUUGGCCUCAGGGUACAACUCUCUACAAAUGUUCGAUAUCCGAUUUGCACCGAAUGGUCUUCAACACAAGCCAAAACCGACUUCACGUUCGCACACCUCCACACGCCCCUACAUAACCUUCCCAGAAUAUUCCCCCGACAUCAUCUCAGAUUUCGAUGUGAGCCCGGAGUUAGGUCUUCUAGCUAGUGGUAUUUACCCCUCCCCCAGCCCGAUCUGGCCUUAUAGUAAGGUUCUAAUACGUGGAUUCAUCUCAGCCUCGGACGACCGAAAAAUCCAGCUUUUCUCGUUGCAAACCGGUGAGCUGGUUCCAUCGCCAUUAUCCCAAUACCAAUACUCUCAGCCCAUCAACUGCGUGUCGUUUGAGAGUGGCGAAGGGGAUGUUGGUAUGGGUGGGCCUCACACGCCGACUUUAUUGAUAUCUUCGAAAGCGACGGUCGAUCAGUGGGUCUGGUGA